UAACAUAACUGUAGUCUGUUUGAGUGUGUAGUUUGUGGCCUAGGCCUAGUAUUAUAUACCCUGUACAGUUGUCACUUGUCAGUUAGUCUACAGUACACGUUUCAUAUAAAUAAUAAAUAUACAUAUUAUAUAUUACCAUAAAAUAGUAAAUAAAGUUUAAAGUUUGUUAUUAAGUUUCGAUAGUUAGGUAUAAUCAUUUAAAAUGGGCAAAAAAGAGAAAUCCGAACAGAGUUUGUUUACCAAAGAAGAAGAACAAUUGUUGUCAGAUUUUAGCAGAAAUGUUUCCAAAAAAUCAUCGGCCUUGUUUUAUGGAAGUGCAUUCAUGGUGUCUGCUUUACCAAUUUGGCUCUAUUGGAGAAUACAUAUGAUUGACAUGAAACCAGCACUAAUUUGGUUCAUCCUGGUUACUUUGGGUAGUACAUACCUGAUUGCAUUUGCUUACAAAAACACCAAGUUCAUACUGAAACACAAAAUUGCUAUUAAACGAGAAGAAGCUGUGACUCGAGAAAUUACACUUAAAUAUGCCGAAGACAAGAAAAUUAGCAAGAAAGAAAAAGAUGAAAAAGCUUUGUUCCAGAAAAACGAUGUAGCAGAUUAUGAAGCAACUGCAUUUUCAAUUUUUUAUAACAAUGCAAUAUUUUUGGUCAUUGUAGUCUUGCUCAGUUUUUACCUACUGAAAGGCUUCUCAACAACAGCGAAUUACAUAUUUUCCGUUGGUAUAGCAAGUGGAUUGAUAGCAUUGUUCUCAACUGGUACUCAGUAAAUUAUUUCAUCGUGUACAUUAUACAAGUUAAACAGCUCCAAUUUGUUUACUAACAAAACUGUUUACGGAUUAAAACUAAAAAUGAUUUGUAUUUUAUAAUGUUGUUAAGAUUAAACUAAUGUAUUUUAUAGUUUAUAAAAUAAAUACAACACAUUGUGUAAAAUAAAUAUUUAAUAAUAAGUGA